UUUGUCCUCAAGAAGAGGGCUCCCUGAAGAUGGGUAAGCUUCAAGUUUGAAGACUUCAAGGCCAAGGCCAGAGACUUGCAAAUGAUGUCUACGGACAGGAGGAUGCUGUCGAGGAAGAGGGGGAGUGUCUGCAAUGCCCCUGCCAGCUUGGAGUGCUUUCUCCCAGAAUUCCCUGCACUCUGCCCACGGGCUUGUCCACACCAGGCUGUGAGCAACUGUACAGGCAAUGGAAAGUUCCCCACUCAUGCUGAUCGGAAAGCUAUCCCUGAGAGGCCACUUGGAGGUUCCAGAUGGCUCAGCAGUGCUUCCAAAAUGAAUAUUUUGACAGUUUGCUGCAUGUUUGCAAACCUUGUCACCUUCGAUGUUCCACCCCUCCUGUACCAUGUCAGCGUUAUUGUAAUACAAGUAUGACCAAUUCAGUGAAAGGAACAAAUGCCAUUCUCUGGACCUGUUUGGGCCUGAGUUUGACAGUUUCUUUGGCAGUUUUCAUGCUGAUGUUCUUGCUAAGGAAGAUGAGCUCUGAACCACUGAAGGAUGAAUUUAAAAACACAGGCUCGGUUCUGCUGGAUGUGGCUAAUGCUGACCUGGACAAAAGCAGGACUAGGGAGGACACUAUCCUUCCAAGAAGCCUGGGGUACACGGUAGAAGAAUGUACCUGCCAAGACUGUGUCAAGAGCAAACCCAAGGUCGAUUCUGACCACGUCUUUCCACUCCCAGCCAUGGAGGAGGGUGCCACCAUUCUUGUCACCACCAAAACUAACGACUAUUGCAAGAGCCUGCCAGCUGCUUCAGGUGUCACAGGGACAGAAAGGUCAACUUCUACUAGAUAAUUAACCCUUCGACUGGUGUAGAGCUACUCUGAAAAUCAUUGGUCAGAAGAUGAUGCUUUGGGUCUCUUUGGGGUGACUGUCAGUUGCUGAUACAGUUGCUUUUUAUCUUCUAGUUCUGAAAACUGUUAGAUUUAUUUCCCUAAUUCAUCGUUGGGAGCUCAACUGUGGAAACUUUCUUGGUUUAAUGAUUAAAUUCUCAACUCAAUGAAAAAAAAGUA